AUUUGUCAGUGUCACGUGUCGCAUUCAAAAAUAUAUACAAAAACAUUAAAUUUUUAAAUUAGAAUUCCUCAUUAAUUUGGUUAGCAUUAAAUAAAAAAUGGGCUUUAUUUAACACGGAAAGAAUACAAGGUUUAUCUAACAUUGCAUAGGUACAUCAAAUCUUGUUCUAUAAAUCAUUGCAUAAUAAUAAAUUGUUCAUAGUUAUCACAACAACACAACGUAUUAGUUUUCUGUGUUUAUUUCUAUCAGUGAUUAGUGAAUGCAACCUUCCAAUAUAACCCAAUCCAAUAAAAAACUUGGUUUACAUAAUAUAUAUUUCAUGCGUGAUAAUAACGUAUAGGUACAAGAAAUGUCCGAUACAGCACCUUUUUUCGUCGACCGUGCCAAAGGAGGUCGAGCCUCCUGCAAAGGUUGUAAAGGGAACUGCCCCAGUGGAGAAUUGCGUAUUGCUAAACUAGUUUACAGCCCUUACGGAGAAAACCAACAGAUGAAAUCAUGGCACCAUAUAGACUGCCUUAUGAAUGUCCUUUUGAAGCAACGUCCCGCAACAAAGCGUAUAGACUCGAUCGACGAUAUCGGUAACUGGGAAAACAUAAGUAAGGAUGAUCAGGAGUUUAUACUGAAGAAAAUUAAUGAUAUGGAAAAGGUUUAUGCGGACAAAAAUAAUGGAAAAUACACUGCAAAAGUGAUAAAAAAUGAACCAUCAAAGAAAACAACCAAUACAAGCAUCCCAAGUACUAGUACUGACAAAGAUAGUACUAAUGAUGAUAAAAAACCAGAAGUUAUCGUAGAUGAUAAUAAGUUUAGCAAGUUUUUUUCAUUGUGCAUUAAAAUAUCAAAGGUUGACGCUUAUACAGACAAGACAGCAGUGGUAAACAAUUUCUUUACAAGAGGUAGUGAUGGUAAAACAUUUCAAGGAGAUCUUGCACUAUGGUGUAAAUUACUGCUCCCUCAAGUAUCCAAGAGAGUGUACAACCUCAAAAGUAAACAGCUGGUCAAACUUUUCUCAAGAAUAUUUAGAAUGGAUCAUGACGACAUGUUAACACACUUAGAACAAGGGGAUGUAGCCGAUACUAUUCAGCAUUUCUUCACUAAAUCCCAGACUUUCAAGCCUUCUAGUGAAAGUACUUUGAGUAUCCACGAAGUUGAAGAUUUUCUGGAAGACCUCUCAAAGUUGACAAGAGAAGAAGAGCAGAUUUACCAUUUUAAGAAAAUUGUAAAGCAAUGUACACUAGAUGACCUAAAAAUGCUAAUAAGGUUAAUAAAAGGAGAUUUACGAAUAAAUGCUGGUCCUAAACAUAUACUAGAAGGUGUGCAUCCUGACGCAUACAGUGUCUUUCAAACUUCUCGUGACCUUGACAUGAUGUUAAGUCGAGUUUUACCUCAAAGCAGUGCUGUGAAACAUAAGGAUGCGAUACAAAAAAAUGUACAAGCCAAACUGAGUCUUAUGACCCCAGUUUUACCUAUGUUAGCUGAAGCGUGUAAAUCGGUUGAAAUGGCUAUGAAAAAGUGCCCUAAUGGAAUGUUUUCUGAAAUUAAAUAUGACGGAGAAAGGGUACAAGUCCAUAAAAAGGGUGAUGAAUUUAAAUAUUUCUCGCGUGCAUUAAAACCUGUUAUGGCACAUAAAGUCAACCAUUUCAAAGACUACUUACCUAAAGCGUUUCCAAAAGGUAAUGAUUUGAUUUUGGACGCUGAAGUGUUAAUGGUAGAUGUUAAUACAGGUAAGCCAUUACCGUUUGGCACAUUAGGUAAACAUAAGGGUUCAGAGUUUAAGGAUGCGCAUGUAUGUUUGUAUAUUUUCGAUUGCCUGUAUUAUAACGGAGAGGUAUUGAUAGAUAUGCCUAUACGGAAGAGGCGUCAAAUACUUCAUGAUAAUAUGAUUGAGGUGAAGAAUCGGGUUAUGUUUUCGGAGCAACAGCUUAUAUACAAACCUGCUGACUUGGCCAAUAUGAUUGCAGAGGUUUUACAGCAUGGUCUAGAAGGGCUAGUGUUGAAAGAUUUGGAAUCAACCUACGAGCCAGGCAAGAGGCAUUGGUUGAAAGUGAAGAAGGACUACUUAUUUGAUGGUGCGAUGGCUGAUACUGCUGAUCUUGUGGUUUUGGGGGCUUGGUUUGGUACUGGCAAAAAAGGAGGCAUGAUGUCAGUAUUCCUAAUGGGUUGUCUAGACACUCGCAGAAAUUACUGGGUCACAGUGACAAAAGUCCACACUGGACAUGACGAUAGCACUUUAGAAAGGCUUCAGAAGGAAUUGGGCCCACUCAUGGUCAAAAUAUCACAAGAUUACACCAAAAUACCGCCAUGGCUGGACUGCAAUAAGGGGAUGGUGCCAGAUUUUGUUGCUAAAGACCCUAAGAAACAGCCUGUGUGGGAAAUAACUGGUACUGAACUAACGAAAGCCAACUUACACACAGCCGACGGCAUCUCUGUAAGAUUUCCAAGAGUAACUCGAAUACGAGACGACAAGGACUGGGAAACUGCUACCAACCUGGAUGAAUUGAAACACCUAUACAAAACAUCUAAGGAAAAAACUGAUGUCACACUUCUAAAUAAACUUGCAGCCAGUGCUGAUAACUAUGAGCCACCUGAAAAGAAAAUUAAACAGAGUCCUAAACCAAAGAAAAUAGUCACAAGCCCAGUUAAAAAUGGACUUUUAGACAAAUUUCUCGUUAAAGAAACCAAAUCGCCAAAACAAGAAAUAGAAGAUAUCAAAUCACCUAAAAAAGAAAAGAAUUUGAAUGAAAGUAGUUCACCAGAAAAAUUAGAAAAGAAAAGAAAGUUCGAUGAAUGCAGUUCAUCAGAAAAAUCAGAAAAGAAAAGAAAGAAAAUCGACGAAAGUGCUUCAUCAGACACACUGAGUGAAGCAAAUAGUUCUUUUGAAGAUGAAAAGAUGAAUUAUCCAGAAAAUCCUUUACCCGAUGCAUUCAAAGAUAAAAGAUUAGGGUUCUAUCCAGAUUUUAUAAGCAUUCCUGAAAAAUUAAGGAACACUUUUGAGAGACACUGGAUCGCUUACGGAGGUGUUAUAGUUAAAUCGGUGAAAUCAAUGGAUGUAGAUUAUGUUGUCCAUAACAAAGAUGUUAUUGAGUUUAAGAAAAUGAAAAAACUAAGGGAGAAGCUACCGGAAGAUGUAAGGCAUGUUACUAAGGGUUGGCUGAUCAAGUGUAUAAAUCGUGUUGAGUUGUGUGAUACUAAAGAUUUUGCCGUUUUCUUAGAACCUUGAUUGCUUUCAUAAGUUUAUGCAUACCAAUCAUAUUCUGAAAAACUGAAAACCAUGUUAAAAGUAUCUAAUGCUUGUAACUUCGUCCGCGUGGAUUUAGAUUUUUAGUUAUUCCGUGGAUUUUCCAGGAUAAAAAGGUAUGCCAAAAAUCACGUCAUUCCGUUGAUCUGUUGAGAUGUGAUUGAAGGACAAAUAAACUCAAUUUCGCUUUUAUAAUGUGGGUGGUAUUUAAGGGGAGCUUAUUUUAACUAAGAUGUUUUAGACAUUUAGUUCAUGCUGAACACUUGGAAACAAUCAAUUCUAUUAUAUUUCAGAUGGCCUUUAAAAAUCAGUGAUGAAAGUCUUGUCACGUAUUAAUUUAUUGUGAACAAAAUCGUCACAUGCGUAAUUUGUUCGCGUGUGUGCGCGUGUGUAUCCGUGUGUGCGUGUGUGUGUGUGCGUGUCUUUGACGCAAAAACUACUGGACUGAUUUUUCUGGGAAUGGCGAUAGAUUAUACUUACCUAGGCUACUUUUUAUCCCAUAAAAAGCAUGGUUCCCGUGGUUUUUUUUAAAUAUUAUUACAUCCACGCGGAGGAAGUCACAGACAUCACCUAGUGAAUAGUAACCAUGAACAAUCUCAUAAGAUUGUAUUUGAAAAUUGUGUACAUGAUUCAUAAUAAUUUGUUUAUUAUACUUACUUAAUUUUUGUAUGAAAAUUAAAAUAGUGAGAUCUUAAAUUCACUAUGAAUAUUUGAACUUAAUAUUAUGUGAUAGUAAUAAAUGUAUGUUUUAUGUAAAUAAUAAUUUCCAUUGGCUGGAGAGGUUUAAAAUUCAGCCAUUUUACUAAGUUAUUGUAUUUUAAUUAUUGUUUUUUAUGAAUAAACAAAAUGUUGCUA